AUGGCUUUCAACAAGAUUACCCUCACUUUCUGCGUGUUGGCCCUCCUCUUGGCCGUUGUUGUUGAUCAAGCCACUGCGCAAUACUACCCAGCCUACGGAUACGGAUAUGCCGCCUAUGGAUAUGGCUAUCCCGCUUAUGGCUAUGGAUACUACGGAAAGAGAGCUGCUGGAUUCGGUGGAGAGAGUCUUGGCGUCAACAAUUAA